AUGUUUUCUCGUUCUUUGCUAGCACUUGCCUUAGGCCUCACAGCCUUCACGGUAGCCGCAGAACCCACAGCCCGGCCGUUUGAAGUGGUCGUCAACAGAGACCCCCGCUCUGGCCGCUGCACGUUCUUGAAGCUCACGGACACGCAGCCGUACAGGGGCCUCCCGCGCGAAGGGCUCGUCAAGAGGAAGGCGCUCCCCACAGGCGAAGAGGGGCUCCAGUUCAUCACGCCCGACGAAACGCGCGGCUGGGAGUUUGCAGAGCGCACCUGCGGGGACAGGCGCGGCUGGGACUUCCACGUCCACGUCGGUGCGGACCUGCAAGGGGCGCUGGGUGCGCAGUACGGUCGCCGGGUCGACCCGCCGCCUCUGGACGUCGAGCCGCUCAUCACUUCGGGCGACGCGGACAACCGCGUCGAUCUCGUCUUCUUCUCAGACGGAUACACGGAAAAGGAGCGAGGGAAGUUCUUUGAAGAUGCUCUGAGGCUUGCGGACGACAUCUCCGGAAAUCAGACGUUCUACACCGUCAAGCCGUUGCUCAACUUUUGGGCCGCGUUUACGCCCAGUGCAGAGAGCGGCGUUGGAAUAGGAGGCAAGCCUAAAGACACGCCGUUCGGGCUGUACCGUGAUGGAACCGAGCUUCGUGGUGUCUACUACAGCAAGCCGGAGGUUGCUCGAGCUGCGUGUGCUUCUAUGGGCAGCCAGUGCGACUACCCUAUUUUGAUGGGCAACGACCCGUUGUAUGGAGGUGCGUCAACAGUAGUUCUCGUGAUCACCCCGUCGUUGGCAAAUGGGCCUCUGGUACUCAGGCACGAGCUCGGACAUUCCAUUAUCGAGGUCGGUGAAGAGUACGACGGGGGCUUUGCCUACUUCGGCGUGAACGCUGCACACAACACCACGAUUGACGGCAUUCCCUGGGCUCACUGGCUCACUCCCACGAAGCACGACCACGACCAUAACCGUGCGUUUGACGCGCAGAUCCCACUCCAGGAUCAGGAAGCGCUUACGACAGUACGCGUCGAGCGGUCCGUCAUGCCCCUUCAGAUCUACGCGUGGACGAUGCUCAACACCUCUGCCUCCUGGACGACAAACUUCACCUCCUCCGGGACCUACUCGUGGUCGAUUAUCCGAUUCUCGCUCUCCGGUCUUCCUUCCGCCUCAGACUUGUCUGUCACCCUUGACGGGAAAGAUCUCGGCUGGGUCCCGCGGACGGACAUCGGUCUCGAUCGAUGGCAUUAUGACAUCAAGCUGGAGACUCCGAUGGACGGCGGGGAGCAUGUGUUGAACUUCACGCUCCUGUCCGACGCACGCGAAGGCGUAGCACAGCUGUGCAGCGUCGAGGUGCUCGAGUUCGGGAGCGCCGACGAGUUCGUGGCAACGCCAGGACAUUACGGCCUGUACCCGACGUUCUCGGAGACGAACGAGACCUCCUUCCGGCCGACGAACGAGGACUGCCUGAUGCGGAUCGUGACGACGCCCGACUUCUGCAAGUCCUGCACCGAGGGCCUCUGGCACGCCCUCCUCCGGCGCGUCUCGCUCGUCGACGGCCUCGCCGUCGGCUGCGCGUCGCUCGCGCGCGCCGCGGCGCCGUCGCGCGUGCUCGACCUCGCGCUCGUCCCGCUCGCGCACCUGCGCGCCGCGCCGGUCGGCGUCGACGAGGCGCUGAUCAUCACGUGGACGCGCGACGGCGUGGAGGUGCCCGAGUUCGCGAACGCGACACGCUUCGUGGACGACGGGGGCGCGGUGGGCAGCUACGCGGUGCGGGUGCGGUACGCGACGGAGGAGGUGCGCGUCGACCCGGACGGCCUGCUGGAGGCGACGGCGGCGGUCGUCGUGACGACGCGGUGCGGGUGA